AGAAAACAUCGAUUCGAUUAGCACAUUUGCAUUAUCCAUAAUAUCGAUAGAAUCACUAUUCAUAGCUGAAUUGCUAAGCAUUGGGCGGAAACUGAUUGAGCGCAAAUAUCCAUAAGAAAAAAAAAUUAUUAUGUCGAAAAUGAUAUUAUGUGUUUUACUGAAAGUGUUAAUAUUAGCGAGAGCGGAUAUCUUGUCAAAAUAUCCAGAUUCAGACUUCAUACAGGAUAUUCUAGUAUCCGAGAACAACGAUUAUCACAUUUUACAAAAUCUCAAAUCUAAUCGGAGUUAUCCUGAUACCCUGAGCAUGAGAAACAAAAUUGAUGAGAUUUCAUUAGCAAAUAUAUCUGUGAUUCCAGAAUUUGUUGAUAGCAUUUUGAGCAAACCAAGAUCUCCUAGAGCAUUUGUCGAAUUUUACAAUGAAUUCCUAAAUGAGAAAGACGACAUUUCUGUGAUAUUCAGAUGGAACCAACCUGAAUUUACAGACGAAGUAAUACAAGGAUACACAGUGCAGUGUUGGUUUAUCAAAAAUCAAAAAGAGAUUCAAAUUUGCGACAACAAAAGUAUUUCAGCAACAACAUUGGAAUGCACAAUGCACAAUCUAAAACCUAACACAACGUACUACUUUCAAGUACAAGCGCAUACUAAAGUUGGUGCUGGCCCUUACACCGAUUUAAUUGAUGUAUCGACUACGCAUGAAAAUCCAAUACCGCAAUUAUUGAUUAUAACAAAAUAUGGUAUCGAUAUAUGGGAUCUGGAUUCAAACACCAGCGUUAAUCUCCUUAAGGAUAUGGAAGUGGCAUGUGCCACUUAUUCAAUAGCGGAACAUAAAAUUUAUUGGAGCAACAUUAUGAAAGAGUUAAUGAUAUUGGAAAUGAAUGGAAACAAUAUUACAAAAAUAGCUAAUCUUCGAAGUAUUCCGCACAAUCUCUGCAUCGACUGGAUAGCAAGAAAUCUGUACUGGGUAGAAUUAGACGAUCAUUUGUAUAUCAGUGACAUAUUCAAGCUCGACUUAACAAUGUGGGAAAGUGGCAUAAUCAAAUAUGAUAAGAUUUUUAAAAUGGAAUCGUCUUUCUAUAUUUACAGAUUAACUAUAGUACCGUCUAUAGGAACUUUAUAUUGGACAAAUGAGACUUUGGACACUAAUCCUCAGUUAAUGCAAUUGGAACUUGAUAGAAAUAACACUGAAAUCAUUCGGAAUAAUUUAUAUGUUAUGUGCCCCUUCAAACUCGAUGAGUCAGAUUUUGUUGAAAUGAAAAUUGACGACAUGAAUACUAAGAAGCCGUUAAUUUACUGGCUAAUGACUGAUUUCUUGAUUGUGACAGACAUUAACGUUUCUACGUGCAAUUUGAUUUUAACCAAAAUCAUUGCCAGAUCUAUAUUUAUAUCUUUAACAAUUGACAAGACAAACAUUUACAUUUCUACAAUUCGAAAAGACUACGUAUAUGUUUUGAAAAAAAGAUAUGCACUUCUCGAAAGCGUAGACGCAUUCGAAUACAUCCAAAAAAUAAGAGCGCCUUCCCGGUUUACUAAAUUCUAUGCUUUCGGUAAAUCUUUGCAAUCGUAUCCUCCGACGAGAUGUCUGACGCCCGACAAAAAAGUUUACAAUGUAGAAGAAGCGAUGGUAACGACGAACAGAAUCAUCGUAAAUCUUCCGGAGCCGGUCCCCAAGAGUGGAUGCAAAAAGUACAACUUACCUACCACUCUAUAUACUAUCAACAUAAGCCAUUGUUUGGAUAAUAAGUUUAACAAGUUUGAUAAUUUCACCGUGCAGAUGUACGAGCAAUAUUACGAAAUUCAGAAUGUAACGCCGCUUACAGAGUAUAAGUUACUGCUAGCUAUAAGCAAUUUUUACUCUGUUCAGUUAUCAAUGAAACCGUUAUUAAGCUCGGAAAUAAUAUUAAGAACGAAACCGAGCAAGUUCGACGCAUCGGAAAAUGUGACAGUUCAGGCUUUGACGCCUACUAUAGCGGUAGUUUAUUGGAUGCCACCCAAAAAACUGAAGAUCGGGCAUUGCGUGCCCGUGAUCUACGAAGUAUAUUGGACGUUAAUUACUUUGUUAAACGAUACGCAACAAAUACACGAGUUCUUACUUAUCAAUAAAACCGAGUAUAAGAUAGACGAUAAAUUUUUCACAAUACUCGAACCGUUGAUACCAGGACAGAAAUACAGAGUAUAUGUACGCAUGUAUCCAGCCAACUUUAACGAUUAUUAUAAUGACAGUUCGAUCAAAACUUUGUACAUGUAUUCGGAACCAAACAAUAUAACUUUAAGCGAGGUUAGCAUAAAUGGUAUGAAUAUUUCGUGGAUUCCUAACGUUAAUUUGACAAUUUAUUACAUAUUGAAAUUCAAAAAUAUUGAGAUGCAGAAGUGGCAAACUGCAAACAACUUUGAGUCGAAUAAUGGAGGGAAAAUAAUGUACUAUAUAAAAAACUUACUACCAGGCACUCUAUACGAGUUUCGUUUGAUACUGAGAUACCCCAAAUACGAGAAAGACUUUAUAUGGCCAUCUGAUGGAAGAUUUACUUUUUCAACUAUGACAAGUGAUAUUUCGAGCAUUCCUGGAAUAUUAGUUAUACAAUAUUACCUACCAGUCAUCUUAAGCUUUGUCGCUAUAGUUACUGUAAUCUGCGUCUGCUACUUUUACUAUUGGUAUCGACAACGCAAUGAAAGAAACAAGCAAGUUUUGCCUCCGAUGAUGACUGACAUCGAAUUAGCAAUUCUGCAAGAGAUACCUAACGGUAACGUUCAAAUCAAUACACUAUACAGGCCUAUGAUGCAAUAUAAUUCGGAUGAAUAUGUUCUGACCAAAAUCAAACGUGAGGAAAUCAGAUUAGGAAAACUUUUAGGCAGCGGCGCAUUCGGAAUGGUGUUUCAAGGAAAAGUAAAGAAUUUAGAAGGAUCGAACAUAGAAAUGCCCGUUGCCAUAAAAAUGCUUCGAAAAAAUGCUUCCUCGCAAGAGAAAAAGAAAUUUUUAGAAGAGGCCAGACUUAUGAAUCACUUCCGACAUAAACAUGUGCUAAGAUUGCUGGCCGUUUGCUUAGACGAAGAUGCUCCAUUAAUCGUGUUGGAAUUAAUGGAAAUUGGUGAUCUGCUACAAUAUUUGAGAGAUAGUCGAAAAUUACAACCGUCAGAUUUGCACGCUCUGCGUCUGCAAGAUUUGUUUGCUAUGUGCGAAGAUGUUGCGCGAGGUUGUUGCUACCUAGAAGAUCUGCGUUUCGUUCAUAGAGAUCUCGCGUGUCGAAAUUGCUUAGUAUCCGCGAGAGAUCGCGAGAACCGUGUCAUUAAAAUUGGCGAUUUUGGACUAGCUAGAGAUGUUUACAAGGAUGACUAUUAUUGCGUGAAAGGACAAGGUCUGCUUCCUAUUUGCUGGAUGGCACCGGAAUCUUUGGCCAUCGGAAUAUUUACUUCCCAGAGCGACGUUUUGUCAUUCGGGGUUCUAAUGUGGGAAAUUACAUCGUUUGGUGAGCAUCCCUACACUGGUAGAACUAAUCUGGAAGUGAUAGAUUAUGUACGCACUGGAGGCAGGUUGCCAAUGCCUCUGAAUUGUCCACCGACUUUAUACGAAUUGAUGCUGCAUUGCUGGAGUCCAAAAAAUAAUAGACCGAACUUCAAAAUUUGUCUCGAGAAUAUUAUAGGUCUAAGAAAUAACAUAGAAGAUACCUUACUAAGUCCAGUGGAUAUUAUCUAGCCGGUAAUAUUAAAUUAAUUAAUGAUUUUAUUUUCCAAAGGAUACAAUGAGAAGUUCAACAUAGGACAAAUAAUUUUAAAUAUCUAAUAUUCUGCCGUUUUUAAGUUUAAUUUUAAUUUGUUAGAUUUAUUGAUAGAAAAAAGAAAAACCUUAUUUAAUCACACUUUGCAAAAAAUUUUGAUGACUAAAAAACACAAUAUUUGUUCUUACAACUGUAAACAACGUGACGCUGACGCUAGUAUUUUCGAGUAAUCAAAACGAAACAUAAUUCUGAUUACUAUAAUUAUCUAUAAAUUGCUACAGUAAUUUUAGAAAUAAUGUCUUCUUUAUAUUAUAUUAGCACUCUGUUUUAUAUUCCUAUAUUUUAUCUUACUUAAAUGCUUAAAUAAAAUACACAGUCAUAUUAUGUUA